GCGGCGGCGGCUCCUCCAUCAUGUCGGCGGGCGGGGACUUCGGCAACCCGCUGCGGAAAUUCAAGCUGGUGUUCCUGGGCGAGCAGAGCGUGGGGAAGACUUCCUUGAUCACCAGGUUCAUGUAUGACAGCUUUGACAACACCUACCAGGCAACAAUUGGCAUUGACUUCUUAUCGAAAACCAUGUAUUUGGAGGAUCGAACAAUCAGGUUGCAGCUGUGGGAUACUGCGGGUCAGGAACGUUUCCGUAGCCUCAUUCCCAGUUACAUCCGUGACUCUGCUGCUGCUGUAGUAGUUUACGAUAUCACAAAUGUAAACUCGUUCCAGCAAACAACAAAAUGGAUUGAUGAUGUCAGAACGGAAAGGGGCAGUGAUGUCAUCAUUAUGCUGGUGGGAAAUAAAACAGAUCUAGCAGAUAAGAGACAAGUGUCCAUUGAGGAAGGAGAAAGAAAAGCCAAAGAGCUGAAUGUAAUGUUCAUCGAAACUAGUGCAAAAGCAGGAUACAAUGUAAAACAGCUUUUCCGACGCGUGGCAGCUGCCUUGCCUGGAAUGGAAAGCACACAAGACAAAAGUAGAGAAGACAUGAUUGACAUAAAACUGGAAAAGCCUCAAGAGCAGCCUGUCAGUGAAGGAGGCUGUUCCUGCUAAUACCGUGUGGCUUCUACCUUUCUCCAGAACAUCACUGCUUUCCCUCCCUUUACUCUUCAUUGACUGCAGUGUGAAUAUUGGCUUGAACCUUCCCCUUUCAGUAAUAACGUAUUGCAGUUCAUCAUCGCUGGCUGUCUCGUGGAGAUGAUCUAUUAGCUUCACAAGCACACACACACACAAAGAAAAUGUCAGUGUCUUCAUUAUUUAUAAGAAAAAAAAAAAGCCAAAAUAUUCCAGCGUAUUCUAGUUAUAACUUUAAAAAAAAAAUAGGUACAAUUUCUUAAUAUUUGUUCCUUUUUUAAUAUGUUAUGAUAUUGCACUUUGAAAUGAUGGAAACUGAGUAAGUUUUGAAUUGGACUUAGACGAGAUGUACGUGCAGAAGAAUGCUUGCAAAUCUUACCCAUUUGAUUUCUCUAACAAACUGGAAAUGACUAGACAGCAGUCAGAAACGCAAGCGGAGGUGGCAUAUGCCGAGGGUCAAAUGCUUAUCCUUACAAUAAUAAAAAAAAAUUAAAACCGAGCUCUUAAUCUUUUGAGCAGAGAUAGUCUGACUGGUUUUCAAACCCCCAAACGUUUUUGGAAACCAACCUGAGCGGGGGUUUCGACACCACGAAAGGCUACUGGAUUUUUUAGUUCUUGCAGAGGCAACGUGAACACAUUUCCAAGAAGGCAUACUGAGAAAUACAAAGUGUCUUUCUGAACGGGAUGAAUGGCUUCUGGAGGAUUGGGGGGGAAGGAAAGGGUGGAUGUGCAUUAGCAAAACACUUGCAGGAAACAGGGAAAUAUGUUUCGAGUGCAAGAUGAGUUUUAAGAGCAUUUUUUUUUUUCCUUUUACGUAGAACACCAGUGAAGUAAAUUAUUACUGCCCGAGAGAUGGGAACGUAACGUUUCAGCUGUUUGGAGGAGAAAGCG